CUGGCGCCCCCUGUUGGCCGCAACUCCCGGGGCUGGUUCCCGCAGCACCUGGACCAAGGGGACGUGCCACGGGAGAGGAGAUCGGUGUCCAAGGGGAAGAAGCCUCGGGCCCGGAAACCUGCUGCUGCCCACUAUAAAGUGGGAUUUCCAGAGAACCCAGCUGGGAUCUACUCAGGGCCUGACGGGACCAUCGGGGGCUGGGAGGAGACGCCGCUCAAUGCCACCAGCCCCUUGCGCUACAGUUUGGCCAGAGGGGAAUUCGCCGUCCUCCGGAGGGGCUUGUACUAUCUGUACUGCCAGGUGCAUUUCAACGAGGGCCGGACGGUGUACAUGAAGCUGGAUGUGGUGGUGGACGGGGUGCUGGCCCUGCGGUGCCUGGAGCAGUUCCCCCCGACCAGCGCUGGCCCCCAGGACCCCGAACUGCGCGUCUGCCAGGUCUCCGGGCUCCUGCUCCUCCAGCCGCCCUCCGCCCUGCGUAUCCGCACCAUCCCCGGCGUGAGGCUCAAGGCCGAGCACUACCUCACCUUCUUCGGGCUCUUCCAGGUGCACUGGGGGAUUUCACAGGGUGGGGUAAAGAUUUGGGGGGGACCUCAGGGGAACCCACAGGGAUCUGAAGUGGGGGCAUCCCCCCACCCAUUCGACGUUGGGGGGUCUAAUGGUCCCUGCCAGCUGGCAGACGGAUACAGCUGGAAGGCCCCGGGCACCCGUCGGUUUCCUGCCCCACGCCCUCUUCCCCACGUCCCCUUACGCAAGAACCCGACGCCAGCACCCGCCACUAGCCGGCCACAGCCCGGGGCUCACCGGCUGCUCACCGGCCACCCCCUGGAACCUGCAAAGCACCCCCAGAUCCCAGCUGCACCCCCCUUGGCCAUCCCAGGCCUUGCUGACCCUGCCAGGGAGGGGCAGGCCCACCUGGGAGCCCUGCGCCGGGAACUGGUCCAGCUCCGGGGGGAGCUGGUGGCCGCCAGGACGGGAGAGACCAGGCCCCCUGGAGAGACGCAGGCGCCCGGGGAGCUGGAGCCCCCUCAGGCUGCGGGGGUCCAAGCCCCCCCGGUUUGGCGAAGGGGGAAAAGAGGGUCCGAGGGGAGCUCCAGGGAACAGGACCACCGACAGCAACACAGGAAACGCUCGGUUCUCCACCUGGCCCCGAGCCAUCGCUCCACCAACAACGAGGGGGACAUGACUGAGAUCUGGUGGCAGCCUUUCCUGCAGCAGGGCCGGGCGCUGGACGUGACUGGGCCAGACGUCACCGUGAAGCAGACGGGAUUGUACCUUGUCUACAGCCAGGUGCUGUUCCACGACCCCACGUUCACCAUGGGGCAGGUGCUGUGGCGGGCGUCGGCCGGGGGGCCGGGGCAGAUCCUCCUGCGGUGUGUUCAGAGCAUGCCCCGCGAGCCGGAGCAGGCCUACAACAGCUGCUACAGCGGAGGUGUUUUCCAGCUGCAGCGCGGGGACCAGCUGAGUCUCCGUGUGCCCCGGGCCAACGCGUCCCUCGACCUCAGCCCGCACGGGACCUUCCUGGGCCUGGUCCGCCUCUAGCGAGGCCGGCCACCCCCACUCCCCAGGCGAGGACGGAACCCAGGCGUCCGGGGAGCUGCAGAGGGACCAGAUCAGAAGGGACCCAGGCGUCCGGGGAGCUGCACAGGGACCAAACCAGAAGGGACCCAGGCGUCCGGGGAGCUGCACAGGGACCAGGCCAGAAGGGACCCAGGCGUCCGGCCAGAAGGGACCCAGGCAUCCGGGGAGCUGCACAGGGACCAGGCCGGAAGGGACCCAGGCAUCCGGGGAGCUGCAGAGGGACCAGGCCAGAAGGGACCCAGGCAUCCGGGGAGCUGCAGUGGGACCAGACCAGAAGGGACCCAGGCAUCUGGCCAGAAGGGACCCAGGCAUCCAGGGGGCUGCACAGGGACCAGACCGGAAGGGACCCAGGCAUCCGGGGAGCUGCAGAGGGACCAGGCCAGAAGGGACCCAGGCAUCUGGCCAGACGGGACCCAGGCAUCCGGGGAGCUGCACAGGGACCAGGCCGGAAGGGACCCAGGCGUCCGGGGUGCUGCAGAGGAGGGACCAGGCCGGAAGGGACCCAGGCGUCCAGAAAGUCUGGAGCAAUCCCAGGGCUGUGAUUUUGGGGUGCAUCCUGGAAGGGUCUCAUCACUGGGGAGGAUGCAGGACUCUGCCCCAGCCACCAGGGGGCGCCCCCCGAGGACAGCCUGAAACAAACCAACCCCCCCCAAAAAACCGAAGGAAAUUCCAGCCAAAAAACUUUGUGAAGGUCGUGAAUGGGGCCCUCUGAACAAACAUGCCAAGGAGCACGGUGGCUGGGAGCCCGGACGCCUGGGUUCUCUCUUCAGCUCUGAGUGGGACCUAGUGGCUUGGAGCAGGGGCAGGGGAGGAGUGGGGCUUGGAGCCAGGACUCCUGGGUUCUUGUUUGGCUUUGUAAGAAGUCCGAGGCUAGGCAGACGCCACACGGACACAGAGCAAAUGGCCCCAGCCCAGACGACUCUGCCGGUCUGGAAGGAAGGGACCCAGGCGUCCAGGGAGUUGCCGAGGAACUCAGCUGGCCUGGGAGAAAGGGACCCAGGAGUCCAGGAAGCUGCAGAGGGCCUCAGCCAGCAUGGAAGGAAGGGACCCAGGCAUCCGGGGAGCCGCAGUGGGGCGUUAGAGGACACCCCCUGUUUGUUACAGUCCCGGGUCGGAGCAGGGGGGUGGCGGGGUGCUCUGCUGUGGGUUUCUUACCUGCUAAUAAAGUAUUCCACGAGCCAAAGUAUUCCCGGACCCCCCUCUUCUCGGGAGCUCAGCGACGUGGGGGGGUGGGUGAGCCAUGCAGGGAACCCCCUGGGUGCACAGGGCUCCCC